AUGCUUUCUCGACUCACUUCCCGCUCGUUUGGAACCUCCGCCGCCUGCUCCAGAACCACUUCGAUCUACGGAGACAAGCGAGAGGUUGCUUUCCCAAUUGCCGGAAAGUCGCCGAAGGUCGUCUCUCUGGCCGAUGCCGUUCGUGACAUCAAGAGCGGAGACAACGUCUUCGUGCACGGAAUCGCCGCCACGCCGACCCCACUGCUUAAAAGUCUUUCGGAGCACGCUGUCGGCAACAACCUGAGCGGAGUGAAACUGCAUCACUUGCACUUGGAAGGAGCCACUCCCUGGACGGCACCGGAUGUCAAGAGUAAGAAACGCAGAACAAAUUGAGCAUAGAGCGAGCCGAGCUGUUUCAGACCGCAUCCGAUCGAACUCCCUGUUCACUGGACACAACCUGAGAGCUGCUGUCAAUGACGGAACCGCCGACUUUAACUCGUGCUUCUUGUACGAAGUUCCACUUCUGUUCCGCAAGGGAGCCAUCAAGCUGAACGCCUCUCUUAUCCACGUUUCUCCCCCAGACGCCUUCGGAUACUGCUCCCUCGGAACAUCGGUUGAUACUGCUCGUGCCGCCGUCACUAACUCCCCAUUGAUCAUCGGUAAGCAGAAUAACAUCUCCCUGCUUUCAUUGGUGUCUGAGGAACACCAAUGAGAAGGGUUUAAAUGAGUGGAAAUUGAACAAAUAUGACCCAUGAAAGUAAUUCAGACAGUUAGAACAACCUGUUACAGUCCGGGUAAACUGCCAAAUUUUCACCUAUGCCUGUUUUUUCAACGUAUACUUUCCAGCCAUGAUCAACAAGAACAUGCCACGCACGUUCGGAGACGGAAUCAUCCACGUUUCUCACAUUGAUUACCUCGUAAAUGAGGCCGACGGAUUCGAGCUUCAUCAGCGUCACAUUGGGCCACAAAACGAGCAGGAGAAGAAAAUCGGAAAGAUCAUCGCCGAGAACCUGGUCGACAAUGGAGCUACUCUUCAGAUGGGUACGGAAUUUAAUUGAGAUCUGUAUAACAUGUACCAUCUCAUUCGUUUUACAGGAAUCGGAGCUGUGCCAGAUGCCGCUCUUUCGGCUCUCAGCAAUCACAAGGAUCUCGGAAUCCACACUGAGAUGUUCUCCGAUGGUGUUUUGGAUCUGAUUGAGAAGAACGCCAUCACGAACGCCAAGAAGGCCAUCCAUCCAGGAAAGUUGGUUGUGUCCUUCGUCUAUGGAUCGACCAAGCUCUACAAGUACCUCAACGACAACCCGCUGAUUGAGUUCGGAGACGUCAACUGGGUCAAUGAUCCGGCCAUCGUUCGCAAGAACCCUAAGGUCACCGCCAUCAACUCUGCCGUCGAGAUUGACCUGACCGGACAGGUCGUCUCUGACUCUGUCGGAAAGCGCUUCUUGUCCGGAUUCGGAGGACAAGUCGACUUCAUCCGCGGAGCUGCCAUCGGAAACGACGGACUCGGAAAGCCAAUCAUCGCCCUGCCAUCCAUUUCCAAGAAGGGACAAAGCAAAAUCGUCCCAACCAUCAACGACGGAGCUGGAGUCGUCACUUCCCGCGCUCACGUGCACUACGUCGUCACAGAGUACGGAAUCGCUCAGCUCUGGGGAAAGAACAUGCGUCAACGUGCCUAUGAACUGAUCAAGAUCGCCCAUCCGAGCCAGCGGGAAUCGCUCGAGAAGGCCGCUUUCGAACGUCUGAAGGUGCUGCCGUCCGCCGACUAA